UGUAACUGGACCCCGUAUGUCAACUCACGUCCUCUCGAGUGUCGCCACAGCCAGGGGCACUCUGGUUCUGUCCUCCCUUCCCAAUGUAGACAGACAGCCAGCCCACUGAUGUCUACAGACGAUCCAAGGCCUCUCGGGCCCUCAAACUUCAUGGAGGCUCCAGACACCAGAACCUGGGGAAGCAGGGAUAUUAACGAGGGGGGAGUGAGGGAGGAAGAGGAGCGAGGAAGCCGAUACACACAGAAAGGCGCCACGGACGAGUCGGACGAGUCAGAUGGUUCGGAGCCCGAGCCCCUGGCCGUCAUCCGUAGGAAGGUGUCCUUUGCUGACGCCUUCGGUCUGGAUCUGGUAUACGUCAAGGAGUUUGACAGUACAGACCUGACGGGGGCAGAGGUCGUUGACCCCCCGGAGCCCGAGGUCAAAGUUAAAGAACCGGACGAGUAUUUCCUAUCAUCUUUGUUUACCGUGCCCUCGUCUCAGGAGGAACUCGAACAGAGACUCCAGGAUCAGGAGCUGGAGCUGGAGAGCAUUGAGUUACUUCCUGGCACCACCGCGCUCAGGGGUAUUGUCAGGGUGGUGAACCUGUGCUACAAUAAAUCCCUUUAUAUCCGGAUCACUCUGGAUAGCUGGAAGACCAGCUUUGAUCUGCUGGCUGAGUACGUCCCGGGCUCCAGCGAUGGAACGACGGACAGGUUUGCGUUUAGGCUUACCCUCGUGCCGCCCUUUGAGAUGGAGGGAACCAGAGUGGAGUUCUGCCUCAGAUACGAGACAUCAGUGGGCACUUUUUGGGCAAACAACAGUGACAUGAACUAUGUGCUGUUCUGUCACAAAAAGGGAGGCAGAGAUCUGAUAGCAAUGGAGCCUCAGCUAGAGGAAGUAAAUAACUGGAGAGAGAAGAGAACCUGUCUGAAAGUCAACAGUAAGAUGAACAGUGCUGAGGAGAACCCCGCGGAGACCACUACAGACACUCCAGAUUCAGCCACACACAGAGCAGAGGGGACUGGCAGGAAAAAAGUGGAAAACGCAGAGCAUCUGCUCUCUAUUCUGCAUCAUGAGGAUUACCAUCACAGAAAUUUGGGGAGUAGUCAGAGGAGCAGACGAAGGAAGGCCUGUUCAGCACGAGUGCAGGAAUACUUUUCUCGCCGAGAGCAGACGGCAAGACAGGAACACAUUUCCAAUGGGCUACCACAUAACGAACUGGAGAAGCCACCUUCACUUCCAGACAUCAGAAUCAAACCCUUAGGGGACAGCGCCUCCAGUCUCCUACGAUUACGCCAGAAGAAACAAACCAAUGAUACCCCUCAAAUAAUGACAUACCACCAGAUACCCCUACUUUCCCUGGACUGGGGCAAAGAUAACGUGCGUGUGGGGACUCCAGAUGAGGAUGACUGGAUUAGAACAAGGACCACACCUCAGCUCACAUCAGACAAGUCAGAGGACAAUCUGGGAGAACAAACCUCUGUUUGUGAUCUGUGGGAAGCCUUUCUCAAUGGCACAGACUCCAAAGAUACUACCAGUGUGCCAGAGUCUGAAUGGCUACAGUCGGCAACUUCAGUUUGCCCCUCAAUCGAAACGGAGGAUUUUGAGGCUUCCUCAAAAGUCGACAACCAACAGGUGGAUGACUCGGACUCAAAUACACAAAGAUACACCCACUGCACGGUAGAUGAAUUGCCGUCGUGGGCUCACAAUCAUGUGAUGCCUGUGGUCAGUGCCGAGGAGCCACUGUCAAGCUCGGGUGUCACCUUCCCCAGAGACGACAAAGCGUUAGUUUAUAAUCCUUCCCAAAGGUCAGAGGCUAUCCUUGUAACAGACACUCUACAGGAAUCCAUUCCCUCGGGUGCCGCAAGGGUGGCCGGGGGGUCUGUUGACAGCACGGCUCAGUGCCACAAGCAUGUGGAGGCGGGGGGAGGAAGAGGAGAGGAGCCUUUCACACCAUACAGAGCAGAGCCGGUAACAAGCUCGGGGGAGACCGAGACAACAGAUAUGACAGCAAUGGCGGAAUCUCAGAAUGCCAAUGCAGUAGAUAGAAUCUGGCAGGGAGAAAGGCAAGACAAGACGCUUUCUUCCGACGUGGUAGCAGAGGUUAAAGGCAACGUGCACAAAGCAGCUGAUGAUACUGUGACAUUUAGGGAGACAGUCGCAGAGAGGACAGAGGGUAAAGCAAACACACAGUGCGAUGGAGUGGAGGAGGGAUUCACACAGGCCUACAAAGAGGAUGAGCUAUUCAAGCCGAACCAAUCAGAGGAAGAAGAGUUCACACAAGACCUCACAGAAGAAGCGUUGCAUAGACAGAGUCCAGUAGUGGAAUAUGAAUUCCAAAUGAACCGAAGAGACAACAUCUAUUUAGAACUGAACCUAACAGAGUUGGAAGAAUUCAGGCCGAGUCAAACAUAUGAAGAAGAAUUCAGGCCGAGUCGAAGGUAUGAAGAAGAAUUCAGGCUCAAUCAAACAGUAAAAAAAGAAUUCAGACUGAAACAAACACACGAAGAGGAACUCAGACCAAACAAAUCUGACGAAGUUGAAAUCAGACCAUUUAAUACAGUGGAAGAUGAAUUUAAACCGAAUCAAUCAGAGGCAGAGAAAUUCAGAUCAAAUCAAGAAGACGAAGAAGAAUCUAGACCGAACCAAACAUUCGAUGGUGAAUUCAGCUGGAACCAAACUGAGGCAGAGGAAUUAAGACCAAACAAAAUUGAGAUGGAAGAGGAAUUCUCACCAAGCCAUCAAGAUGAAGAAGAUGACAGACCGAGCCAUACAGACAAAGAAUUGCGCCUGAGUCAUGAAGAUGAAGAGCUAGACAGAGAGAACCGGACAUUUGCCGAAAAAUUUAGACCGAACCAAACACCCAAUGAAGUAUUCAGAUCAAACGAAUUCGAGGAAUUCAGACAGUUUGAUGAAGAACAGAGAGACAGAGAGAACCUAGAAGAGGUUGAGGAAUUCAGAUCCAACCAAACACACGAAGAGGGAUUCUGGUCGAAUAUAAUACAAGAAGAAGAUAUCUAUCAGAGCGUAAAUGAAGAAGAGCUAUACAGAGACAUAGAUAUGGAUAAAGAUUCAUCAACGCACAACCUAACAGAGCCCGCAGUGUUCAGGGAAAAGAACGCAGGAGACGUGGAAAAGACAGAAAAUGUUGUGGCCGAAAUGUCCAGACAGAGAGACACAGAACAGAUAAAUGAAGAAAUAAGUAUGGGAACUCCAGAAAAGGAAGAAGUGGAGGACUUAACGGACGAGACCGCCGACACCCGAAAUGAGAGUGAGGACGUGUCAACAGAAAAGGAAGGAAAGCAUGAGGUGACAAUGGAAAAUGUUGAAGGACCAAGACAAGAUAAAAAUGGAAAGUUGUCAGAAGGCUCCAAAGAACUUAUUAUGGAGGAUGAUAAAGAAUGGGUGGGUAAGGAGGUAGGGUUGGGCGAAGAUGAGUUGUUCAGAGAACAGAAAGGUUUGAAUGAGGAAACGUUAGAAGAGGUGUUAUGUUUGCAGUCGGUUGAUAAUUGUCCUUUAGCCGAACAAGACAACGAGAAGGAGGAGAGACUGUCAGAUGUACCUGAAGUCGUUCAAAAUGUCCCGAACCACCAGGCAAAACGUCUCACUAAGAAAGCGGUGACUGACAUAGACUCCUGGGUAGAUUCUCUAAUGAAGGCAUGUAUAGUUCCCGAUUUGACCUUCACACCGAGACAAGGCCUUAGCCAAACUACACCCAGUAGCAAUGCAGAGCCCUCUAUGGGCCAAGCCUAUGCGUCAUCUCCAAACAGAGGUACAACUGUCCUCUCUCAUUCAUUUUCUCUCAGCACAAGAUUUAACACAGUGGUCAGUGACGGGAGUGAGUCAGGGGUCAGUCAGGGGUCAACCCAAAACCCAUCGUCAUUAGGGGAGGAUCAGGAGACCCUCAGCAGCCGUACGAGCCCUCCACCCCCUGAGAAAGUGGAGGAUGCUGCCAGCAGCAUCUUGGCAUGGUUGAGGAUGUUCAUCUCUCUCAGUAGCGUAACCAGAGCACUGGUCUAUGCCCUUUUGGUAGCAGUGUUUCUCUUUACCACUCUUGUGUAUAAUUUCCCAGCGUGCUUUGCUCUCUACUUGUUCUCACUGUAUUGGUGGUGCUGUGUGGCAGAUAGGCAACGCGUGACAGGGACUGACAGAAUAGAUGGAGAGAGGUGAAGUGUUUGUGUGUAAAGAAUUAUAAUAUUGUGCGUGUGCGCACGUGUGUGUAUGAUUUGGGUAACACUUUACAUGAAGUUACUCUUAUACCUGUAACUACUACUGUGGCAACAUUGUUGUUAUUGUACAUGGUACUUCAGUAUUAGCUAUUGCAAUUAUAAUGUAUUUGUUAAUACAAUGUUGUUACUGGUGUAAUGACAGUGUUACUACAGAGGUAUGAGAGCAACUCAAUAUAAAGAGUUGCCAUGAUUUGUUUUAGUUUGUUGCAGUGUUUUAUGGGCCCAAUAUCAAAAGUGAAAAUGUACCAAAGUUAUUAAAGGAGAACGAAAUCCAUUAUUCCAAUGUAGGACAAAAGGGGAUAGCUGAACCGCGUGGGGCAUUGGAGAUUUGAAAGUGAAGUUUCUUUAUUUCUUUUUCCCAUUUUUCUUUCCUCAACAAUGAUAACAUAUGAGCUUCAACAGAAAGCUUUCCAGAUUUCCCCGGGUCUUAUACGCUGACUAAAGAUUGUCUUGCAUAGUCAUUGUAAUUCAACCGUUUGAACUUAGACUAGCUGAUAUGAUAUGGUCGUCAUAUCGCACCUCUGUAAUGAACUUGAAAUGUAUAAGUCACACAUCCAUGUUGGCCGCAGUUUGAUUGGGCUGGAGCGUGCGUUAGACAGACGUAUGAGAUUACAAUAUCUCUGUGAUCCUGGGAGAUCACUUACUGCCCCCCCCCAUCUGACCUAUCUCUCUCAGACAUGUAGCCUACAGAUAGUACGGUCAAAUGGACUGCACUUUUUCAUCACUUAAUCAUUGCAAGGAUUUGGAGAUGAGGAUGAUGAUGAUGAUGAUGAUGAUGAUGAUGAUGAUGAUGAUAUAAUCAAGUUGUGUGAUUUCUGUGACUUUGUCUUUCCAUUAAAAGUCCUGUACUUGA